AGGACCUGCCUGCGGGCCAAUAUUGUUUGUUCAUGGAGCCGUUCUGGCGGACUAAACGGCGGCCGACUUGUAUCAAAAACGCGCGAGAUGUGGUAUCUGCGACAGCGUGAGGAAGGAUCAUACCCUGACCAAGGCGAACGCGAGUCAUUGUCGGAUUACUUUGCAACAAUGACCAACUCCCUGAUACGCCAAUUCCCCGAAACACGCCAAAAUGACGAUAAACCUGACUCAACCGAGCUAUCCGAGCCGGAUCAGCGAGCAACAAUUAACGCUCGCUAUCGGCGGCAGCAACGUUACCUGGAGAAGAAGCGGCAAUAUGUUGAUCAUCUUGAGGCUUCUGUCAAGCGGCUCCGGUUGGAUGUGGAUCAGGAAAUAGUUAAUCUCCAGAGAGCCCGAUUCUAUGACGACCUAUUGAUUGGUACGCCAACUCAACGGAGCACAAUGAAGGCGUUGGAUGGUAUUUCGUGUAUGCACAAAACCAUGAAGACAUUCGAGUCAGGCGAACACGACGAACAGAGGAGAUUUCUCGAAUCAGCAAUGCGCAGCGACGUCCUGUUCGGGGACUUUAUUGGACGUGAUCGUAUACUCGAGCAGUGGUCGAAUUUCGCACUUGUUUUUAACGAUGCCCCACCCAUGUUGGAGCACAACGAAUUCAGAGUGAUCUUCUUGGAUCAUGACGUGACAGUCGGGUGCGUGAGCGCACUGCUAGUCAUUCGAUUGACAUGUCGGAGCUUGGCCAUGGUUUUCCCUUAUACCCUCACCAACACGAGUUUACGAGACAGACUACUGCAAAGUCCUACGCUAUGGCUGCCGAUGCAUGUCUUAUUUCAGUUUGACGAGCAUGGUAAAGUCUGCCGCUAUGACCCCACUAUCGACUUCGUGGUUGGACUCUAUGCAGUGAUUCGAAACUACCGAGACGUGGCGAACAUCUUGGAAUCGGCCAAUAUCGACUCCUUUGGUCAAGUUCGUGGAGGUCUACCGGCAACUGCAUCGAGUCAAACUGGAACCAACUGUUGCUGCUACCGCCAUAGUUGCUUCGACCGCCGUAGCUGUGACCGAACCGAGACGGAGCUGAGUUGCCCUCGCUCCACCACCACACACGUCGACAAGCUCUCGGUGGCUUUUCUUCUUGCUAGUGACGAAGACACGCGACGUGCUGACACUGGUGGACAAACAACAUCCUGAGGUUCACUUGGAGCUGUGUGUAUUGCAUCGGUAGCAAUCGAGCACAAGCAGUUCGGGUGGCUGUUGAAGACGAAGGAAUUUCGGACUCGUUGAAGACGCCAUUAAAAGUCCAGAGCCAAUCUUGAACAUGCUGCGUGGUCACUGCCAAUUACCAGUGGCAACUGCGUCACGCUUUUAUUAUUCUAUCUUUUCGACGCCUAAUACCUCCUUCAGGAUAUCGUACGCCGUUAAGCUGAUGCCGGUAGAUACAGGGCUCUGCACAGAUAUACAAAAGUUAGCAGAACCGUCCCAGGAGGGCCACACAUCAAUAGAAGGAGUUAAUACAUACCCGCAUCCAGUUUACUGACACGCCCUUGAAAAGACCCCGCCAGCCUUCUCGUGCCAAAAUAAUUCGUGCAGUGGCAAUGACACCCGUGUACUGAAUUUUCCCUUUGGAUCCUGAUACGUAGCCGUCAGUCUGGAUUCGUCUUCUAAUAGUAUCCAUGGGGUAUGUGCCUAACAACAAAACCAACAAGAACCCUGAGUUGCUUGCCGGUGUCCAAUUCAAGCACGACACACGUACUCGUUU